CAACCCGUACGACUCGAUUUGAAGCCGCCCACCAUGUCGACAAAGGUCAAGACUGGUCAGCUCUGGGGAAAGAGCAAGGAUGAUCUCACCAACCAGUUGGAGGAGUUGAAGACCGAGCUCAACCAGCUCCGUGUCCAGAAGAUCUCUGGCGGUGCCUCCUCGAAGACCCAGAGAAUCCACGACGUUCGCAAGUCGAUCGCCCGCGUUCUCACCGUCAUCAACCUCAACCAGCGCACCCAGCUCCGCUUGUUCUACAAGAACAAGGCGUUCCUCCCUCUCGACCUCAGACCCAAGUACACCCGUGCCCUGCGCCGCAGACUCACCAAGAACGAGGCCACCAAGAAGACGCAGAAGCAGGUCAAGAAGGAGAUCCACUUCCCCCAGCGGAAGUACGCCAUUAAGGUAUGACCAGUCCUAGAAUUCGAUGGAUAUCGCUUGGAUAAUACAUGUGAAGAGGCGUGGCUGAUGGUUUUCGUGCAGGCUUAAAUAAAAGAUGGGAGCGGAUCUUGGAGUUACGGGAACAAGUCGUUAGUAGAAUGACGAGUUGACUUAGACCUUGCGUGGGUCGGUUUC